CUCAGACUAGUUCAGAGCAGCUUGUACAUCUCUCACGCGCUGUGGGAAGACGAAGCUCCAGCUGGAACAUCCAAGGUUCAGCUGCUGUGACAAAAUUUUGUGGAGCUUUGUGGAGUUUUUUUUUUAGCUGACAUCAUCAUAUCUCACCUAGUGACUGAAUUACCCCCAUAACAAAGUAUGGAGGGGGCCGUGGUGAACAACCUGAUAGACUUUGAUUCGCCCCCAGAAGGGACAGCUCCCUCUGUUCUUGGACCUCCCAGUGGGGUGGAAUUUUUCUCAUCCGAGCCUCUCGUCCCUGAGCCUGCGAGCGACGCCACGAUGGAGCCCCUUCUACCAGAGCCAAUGGCCCCCACACACACUUCCCACAGAGAAGAAGAUAGUGACGCCACCGAAUCUGCCGACAGCGACAACGAGGACACAGAAUCCCCAUCGCACCCGUCGAGUACGCGACGGUCCUCAUCCUGCUCCAGUCACAGUGCUGAGGACGCAGAGGAGACGGAGAUAAGAGCGUUCAUGAAAACCUACGUGGCAAAGCUCUUCCAUGGAAGGGAGGACUUUGAUCAAGAGGAGAAGGCUCGCUUUGGAGAGCUGUGCACUGGAGAGAACGGCAAAGGCAGGGACUGGUUCGCCAAAUAUGUCAGUGCACAGCGCUGCCACUCCAAAUGUGUGAGUGAACAGACGUUCUACAGGCUGGUGCAGUCCUUCGCUGUUGUUUUAUUUGAAUGUCACCAGGUGGAUGAUUAUGGUCCAGCCAAACACCUCAUGACCAUGUGCUUCACAUAUUACUACAUGGGUAAGUCCCAGCUAUCUCCCACAGAGCUGCUAGAGAGGCCCAGCGGGGGGAUCGACUCGUACCUGCGCAGUGGAAAGGUCUGGCUCUCUGGGAAGAAAGAUAUUGCAGAGCGACUGCUCAAAAACACCUCCGCUAAGACUGAAGUUAAAGGAUUCUUUGGGGGUCUGGAGAGCAAAUUGAGAGGGCCCUUGGGCCGAAAGAAUGAAGACACAGACAAACUUGCUGAACAGAAAACCAAAACUCCAGUUUCCCCCCCUCUCUCUCCGGAUAGAAAAGAAGAGGAGAAAAUCUACCUGUACACACAGCUAAAACAGCAGCCCAUUUGGCACACUUUGAGGUUUUGGAACGCAGCAUUUUUCGAUGCCGUCCACUGUGAGAGAAAUAAAAGAUCCCCCACCACGAGGCGGACGGCUGAGGAAGAGAAAGAUGAAAGAGAAAAGUGGUGUCAUAUGACCCAGGAAGAGAAAGAUGAUAGCUCCAGAUUUAAUGAGAACAUCACUUUUGGUCAGCUGGGAACAUUCACCCAUAAUAUGGUGGCUUUUGGAUUGAGCAAGAAACUCUGCAAUGACUUCCUGAAGAAACAGGCAGUCAUUGGAAAUCUGAAUGAAGAGCAAUACAAGCUGCUGUGUGACCACAUUGAGCAGAUGGCUGCAGAGUGAAUAUCCAAAACCAUCUAAACUCUUCCAUUCACAUCAGCAUAUCCAUUCAAGCUCUGAAGAUCAGUAUUCCACAAAUGCCAACAUAGUUUCGCCUCUAUUAUCACCCCAAGGUCCUACCACUGACCUUACCAACCAGUACAGGAAUAUUAGUACAGGAAACUAAAAUAGUUGGCAUAGGAUCAGCCACACCCCAUGAUCCUUCAAGUGUCAAGCUGUAGUGUAAAAAUGGUUUAUUUUUGUCCAAACCUCAACAAUGUGAAAACCAAAUAUGCACAUACUCUGGAAUAGCAAUAUGGCUCAGAGUCUUCAGGCAUCAUACUAUAUAAUAUGGAGUUUAUAUUGUAUGACGUGAACACAAUGCAAAUCACCAUUUAAAAUAUUCCAUAUAUCUUUCCUGCUACUUUUAUGUACAGAACUAUAGUACUAAAAGUGUCCUUUGAGCAAAUACAAUGGCAAAUAACGAACAAAAAAUACAGUCUAACAAUAUCAGUAUUUCAUUAUAUCAAUAUCAACAAAAUCAAUAUUAUUAGUCAAUAUUUCUAAGUCCAUCUGCUCUCCAGAAGUCUCUACUGGUCUGUUCUUGUUAUACGUUCCCAUUUAUUGCACUUUUCUGAUUUUGUGUUCUUCCUGUAUGGAUAAAUUGAGUAUUAAUUGUGUUGGUGACAGUUUAAAGUGCCUUUAGUCAUUUAUGUAAGCGGUGAUCUUCCCAUUUUAGUGCGAACAAACCUGUGUCAGCAUGCUGUUAUCCUCCCAUGACUCUCUGGGGUAGCGCUCAUAAGUUUGUGCACCCUGCCAGUAGAUGUGUUAGUGUUGUAUGGAUAAUGCUUGCGGUUGGAAUUCAAGUCAGUUAAAGAAAAGUAUCAUGUUGCAGCUGUUUCGAUGUUGUACAGUGUUGUGUCUUUUGCGCGUGGCAUGCAUGCACAUUGUUUACCAUCUACUUACACUGUUGUGCAAUUACAUUUCAAGCCAGUAGAGGGCAAUCAUAACCCUCCGCUUCGACUGUAGAUCGGUGGAGGUGAAUGUCAACCGUGAGUGGGGUCUUCAAGAGCUUUUAUUGAAUCAUAUAUCCUCCAUCUGAGGAAAAUCUAAAGUUAAUAUAUUUGGUUUGUAAAUACAGAUUGGUUUGUUCACAGAAUAAUGAGGAAUUGGAUGCCAAAUAUGGGCUGGUUUAAAGGGGUCGUCAGAUUGUUGGGCAUUUAUUUAUUCGGCGUCUGUAUGUGUUGUACGUGAGCGCAUGGUUGUAUCAGGAGUGUGCUGGAUCCAGUAUGGUCUUUGCAUUUCAGAUGAUGUUGUUAACAUUGUGCUGUCUAUGUAAAUUUAUGUUCAUAGUAAGCUCAGUGGUCUGCAUUGUAUUUUCCCAAGUGCCCUGAGUUUCCUAUUGGAUCGUACCUGGAAACCAACAAGAGAGGUGUUGAACUGUCUCUAAUGUGU